GUUUUCCAGGUCCAUCACUCGCCCUAUGGUUCGCGCCGCUAAGGCCGCCUCUCAGAAGAGAAACUUAUCCUUGCACGAAUACCGUUCUGCCGCCCUCUUGAAAUCCUACGGUAUCGGUAUUCCAAGGGGUGAAGCUGCCGACACCCCAGAAGGCGCCUACAAGAUUGCCCAGAAGUUGAACUCCGAAGACAUGGUCAUCAAGGCCCAGGCCUUGACCGGUGGUAGAGGUAAGGGUCACUUCGACUCUGGGUUGAAGGGCGGUGUCAGAAUCGUCACCUCCCCUGAGGAGGUCAAGGACUUAGCCGCCAAGAUGUUGCACCAAAAGUUAUACACCAAGCAAACUGGUCCUGCCGGUAAGGACGUCACCGCUGUCUACAUUGUAGAGAGAUUGUUCGCCAGAAGAGAAGCCUACUUGGCUAUCUUGUUGGACAGAGCCACUCAACAGCCAAUGAUCGUUGCCUCCGCCCAGGGUGGUAUGGACAUCGAGGGUGUUGCCCACGAAGACCCAUCUGCCAUUAAGACCUUCUACGUCGACAUGAAGAAGGGGGUUACUCCAGAAUUGUCUGCCGAGGUCGCCGCCGUGUUGGGCUUCUCCCAAAAGGCCCAACCAGAAGCCGCUGAAACCAUCCAGAAGUUGUACCAAUGCUUCGUCGAAAGGGACGCCACCCAGAUUGAAAUCAACCCAUUGUCUGAAACCGUUGACAAUAAGGUCUUUGCCAUGGACGCCAAGUUGGGGUUCGAUGACAACGCUGAGUUCCGUCAGACCGAGGUUUACUCCUGGAGGGAUUUCACUCAGGAAGACCCAGAGGAAGUCUUGGCGGCCAAGUCCGGCUUGAACUUCAUCAAGUUAGACGGUAAUAUUGGUUGCUUGGUCAACGGUGCCGGUUUGGCCAUGGCCACCUUGGAUAUCAUCAACUUGUACGGUGGUACCCCAGCUAACUUCUUGGACUGUGGUGGUGGUGCUACCCCAGAGACCAUCGAGUCUGCCUUCAAGUUGAUUUUGUCUGAAAAGAAGGUCACCUCCAUCUUUGUCAACAUUUUCGGUGGUAUUGUCAGAUGUGACUACGUCGCCGAGGGUUUGAUUGCCGCUGCCAUCAACUUAAAGUUGGAUAUCCCAGUGGUUGUCAGAUUGCAAGGUACAAACUUGGAGAAGGCCCAGGAAAUGAUCAAGAACUCCGGUUUGAAGUUGUUUGCUUUUGAAGAUUUGGACCCAGCCGCGGAAAAGGUUGUCCAAUUGUCUGAAAUCGUUCAAAAGGCCAGAGACGUCAAUGUCAAGGUUUCCUUUGAAUUGUAAUUAACGGAGUCUCUUCUCAACAAUUAAAGCAUGGCUAACUGCCAUGUGCCAAAACUCAUCCUGGUGCCCUGCCCGGCUU